GCCGGCGGCGGUGUGCUGGUGUUCAGGGUCGGACGGGAGUGUUUGCCGGUGGAGUCGUAUCUCCCGCCAUUUUUUUUUUUUCAACCUGACAUUCUCUUUCUCUCAUUUGUUCUUUUGUAACAAAUACAUCCUGCGACCAUCUUGGAAAGGUCAGAGUCGUUUGUUUGUUUUGUUUUUUUUUUGCGAACGGAAGAAAAGAAUAAGAGCAUUCGUCACGCAGCGAGGACCAAAGUGCAUGCUGGGAGUUUUUUUAGAAAGCGCGCCAUAGUGAUCCGUGUGCCGGGCGCCGUCGCUGUGCCGGGGCUGUGACUCGGACAAAACCGUCUCUCCUCCAUACCAGCUUCUGGUGAAGUUUAUUUUGAGCGCCAUUUUCUUUCCUUUCUAAAACUGUUGGAUGUUGACGAGCUAUGCCCCAACCGUCUCCUUUAAUCCACAGAGAACCGAGGAGAGGACGUUGCUAAUCCCACCGCGUCGCAGUUAUUGUUAUUUAGCCGAAGCUAAGCGAAGCUAAGCUAAGCUAAGCUAACUCGAGCCUAGCUUUGAUGCUAGCUAGGCGUUAAAUGUCGAGGAAAAGCGCUUUGUGUGAUUUCUGUCUCGAGUCCCGGAAUACAUGUUUGUACUGGCAUUUAUUUUAACCUAAAGCUCUACACCACGCCGAAGUUUAUUUGUGAAAAACAGUCGUAAUGGCGCCGCUGCUGGGCCGGAAGCCGUACCCGCUCGCUAAGCCGCCAGCCGAGCCGCCGGGCCCGGGAGAGCAGCUCUACAUCAUCCCGCACACCAAAGAGGCCUUCAUCAACAAAGAAGAGUAUGAGGCCCGAAUGCAGAAAUACAGUGAACGGAUCUGGACAUGCAAAAGCACUGGCAGCAGCCAGCUCACACACCUGGAGGCCUGGGAGGAAGAGCAGGAGGUCACUGAGCUGCUGCAAGAGGAAUACCCUGUGUGGUUUGAGAAGCCAGUUUUGGAAAUUGUACACCAUAACACGGUGUCUCUGGACAAACUGGUGGAUCUGGCCUGGGUGGAGAUCCUCACUAAGUAUGCUGUAGAUGAGGAGUGUGACUUCCUGGUUGGAAAGGAUAAAAGUUUGCGAGUGAAGGUGGUGAAAAUUCAUCCUUUGGAAAAAGUGCAGGAGGACCAGGCUCAGAAAAAGAUAGAGGGAGCAUGUGACUCUCCCUCCAGUGACAAGGAGAAUGCCAGCCAGGAAAACCAAAAGAAGGAGCAGCCCAAAGAAGAGGAGAACAACAGGAGAGAGAGUCUUUGUGAUCGGGCACGUCGUUCCCCCAGAAAACUCCCCACCACUAUGAAGGAGGAGAAGAAGAAAUGGGUGAUGCCUAAAUUUCUGCCCCAUAAAUACGACGUGAAGCUCCUCGACGAGGACAAAGUUAUCAGUGACGUCCCUGCUGACAGCCUCUUCAGAACGGAGAGACCUCCCAAUAAGGAGAUCAUGCGCUACUUCAUCAGACACUAUGCUCUCAGGCUUGGCAUGGGAGAGAGCGCCCCCUGGGUGGUGGAGGACGAACUGGUCAAAAAAUUCAACCUACCCAGCAAAUUCAGUGACUUUCUCUUAGAUCCACAUAAGUUCUUAGCAGAAAAUCCCUCAUCCAAGAGAAAGAGUCUGAGCUCACCAGAAGGAAAACCCAACAAGAAGCUGAAGAUUCAGGGGUCAGAGUCAGGGAUGGACACAAAUGGUGUAAAUGAAAAAGGAGAGAAGGAGAAAAAGCGGAAGAAAAAGCAAGACUCUCAAAACAUGCCUCUGAGCCCAACACUCUGGGCAAACAUGCAGGUGAAGAACCUGAAUGGCUCUCCACUCAAGGUUAAGAAUUCAGGCACACCCAAGAAAUCAGAGAACAAGAAACCUACUGACGCCAAGAAGAAUCACAAGAGCAGUGGAACCAAAACACCCAACAGCCAGAAAGCCUCAAAAAAAGACGAAAAGACCUCUAAGAAGCCCAGAAUGAAGCAGAUGACCCUGCUAGAUCUAGCGAAGAGUCCUACUGCUGCAGGCAGUCCUAAAAAGAGAGCACGGAGUACUGGGCCUGGCACUCCAAAGCUGGGUAAACCUCUGCCUCCCAUGGCUCUGCAUCUGCUGCGCUUUUAUAAGGAAAACAAGGGCAAAGAGGAUAAGAAGAGCACACUGUCGUCGUUGGUGAGCAGGGCAGCAAAGACCUUGUCGGCAGAGGACCGUGGGCGCCUCCCCGACGAACUGAAGGAAAUGGUACAGAAGCGCUGGGAGCGGCUGGAGGAGAAGCGGCGCUGGGCCCUUAUGAGUGAGGAAGAGCGACAGGAAGCGAUGCGCAAGAAGCGGGAAGAGUUGAAAGAGAAACUACGCGAGAAAGCAAAGGAGCGACGUGAGAAGGAAUUGCAGCUGAGGCGUGAGCAGCAGCGACGCUUUGAGGACCAGGAGCUCACAGGCAAAAGCCUCCCCACGUUCCGGCUGGUGGACAUGCCCGAGGGCCUGCCCAAUGCUCUGUUUGGUGACAUAGCCAUGGUUGCAGACUUCCUCAGCUGCUACUCUGAUCUGCUGUUGCCUGACAAGCAGUACCCAAUCACAGCACAGUCACUCAUGGAGGCACUGGCAGGCGACAAGGCAGGCUUUCUCUACCUGAAUCGUGUACUGGUGGUGCUGCUACAGACAUUGCUGCAGGAUGAGCUGGCUGAGGCGUACAGUGAGCUGGACAUGUCUCUCUCUGAAAUCCCACUGACAAUGCACUCUGCAUCAGAGCUAGCACGCCUGUGUCUGCGCCCAACUGAUGUGCAGGGUGGCGAGAGCGCGCGUGAUUCUGACGACUGGCACGGUGGAGGCUGCUACGAUGACGUCUUGAGCGCUGAGCUCCUGGAACGGCUCGAGACAACCGAGGUGUUCGAGCUCGCACCAGCUGAGAAGGUGAGUCUGCUGGUGGCUCUGUGCCAUCGCAUUCUUAUGACCUACUCUGUGGAGGACCACGUGGAAUCAGCACAUCAGCGCUCUUCUGAGCUCUGGAAGGAACGCAUUGCCACGCUCAAGGAGGCCAACGUGCGGCGUAAAGCCGAGAAGCAAAAGCGCAAGGAGCAGUUAGAGUCCAAGACCCAGGACGUUGCUGGUAAAAAAGAGAAGAAGAAGGAGACGAAUGGCAAGGAGGACGUGUCCAAAGUCAAGGCAGAGCCAGAAGACAUGAUCAGCACAGUGAAGAGCCGCAGACUGAUGGCCAUACAGGCCAAAAAGGAGAAGGAGGAGCUUGAACGCCAGAAUAAAGAGCGCAUGGAGAAAGAAGCCGAGGAGGAGCGGAUCAGGAAACAGAGGGCUGCAGUAGAGCGUGCGUUCCACGAGGGCCUCACUAAGGCCAAGCUGGUGAUGAGGAGAGCGCCACUCGGCACUGACCGCAACCACAACCGGUAUUGGCUGUUCUCUGACGUCGUUCCUGGGCUUUACAUAGAAAAAGGCUGGGUGCACGAGAGCAUCGACUACAGCUUCACUCUUCCACCUGAGCAUACACAGGGAGAAGAGGAAGAGGAGGAUGAGGAGACAGAAGAUGUGGAGAAAGAAGAUGAGGCAAGUAUAGCCAGUGCUACUAAUGAGAAUGGCCAGCAGGGGGGUCCAGCUCCGGAGACCUGCAUAGAGACUAGUGUGCCCAAGCUGGGUCAAAACCUCUGGUUUGUGUGCGACACUCAGAAAGAUCUGGAUGAGCUUAUAGAAAGCCUCCACUCACAAGGUGUGCGUGAGAGCGAACUGAAACUGCAACUGGAAGUCAAGUACCAGGAUAUCGUACACUCCGUCCACCUGAGCCGGAAGGCCAACACUGGCCUGCGCACCUGUGAUGGCUAUCAGGAGCUCCUCAAAUACCUGCGCAGUGACAUCAUCGAGGUAUCUUCGCGUCUGGAGAAGGGUGGACUCGGCUUAAUGGAAGACACAGUCGGGUUUGAGGAGCAGGUGCGACACCUGGAAAAUCUGAAGGAUUUUGGUGAGUGUGUGAUCACGUUACAGGAGAUCGUGGUUAAGAAGUUUCUGCAGGGCUUCAUGGCUCCCAAACAGAAGAAAAAGAAGAAGCAGACAGGGGAAGAGAGUGGAAAGACUGAGGAAGUGGAUGAGGAGAAGAAACUGGCUGAGGAGGCUAGGGUGGCAACUGCUGUAGAGAAGUGGAAGUCUGCCAUACGUGAGGCUCAGACCUUCUCACGCAUGCAUGUGCUCCUCGGAAUGCUCGACGCAUGCAUCAAGUGGGACAUGUCAGCGGAGAACGCUCGCUGCAAAGUGUGCCGCAAAAAAGUAGGAGAGGACGAUAAGUUAAUCCUGUGUGAUGAGUGCAACAAAGCCUUCCACCUCUUCUGCCUGAGGCCAGCGCUUUAUCGCAUACCUGAAGGGGAGUGGUUAUGCCCGGCCUGCCAACCAACCAUCGCCCGCCGCUGCUCGCGUGGAAGAAACUAUAACGAAGACACAGAGGAAGAACAGGAUGAAGAAGACGAAGAGGAGGAUGAAUCAGAAGAGGAUGACUCUGAAGAUGAGGAGCAGAGGGAUACAGGGCACAGCUUGAGGCCGAGGAAGAAGAUGAAAUCGUUCUUGAGGUCCAAAGUCCAGAGCAAGUCAUCGUCCAAGAAGCAUUCGCCAUCAAGUGCCAAAACUGCAUCUAAAUCUAAAGGUGCUGCCAAAUCGCGGCCAACCAACCCCGCAGACAUUGAUGAAUUGGUGCGUCAGAGCUCCAGAACAGGAGGAAACAAGCAAGCACAGGAGCUUGAGAAGUGUGAAGAGAUCCUCCAAAAAUUGAUUAAAUUCCGGUACAGCUGGCCCUUCAGAGAGCCUGUGUCAGCGGAGGAAGCCGAAGACUACCAGGACAUCAUCAGCACUCCCAUGGACUUCAGCACUAUGCAGAACAAGUUCAAGUCGUCGCAGUAUCGCAGCCCGCAAGACUUCAUCGAGGACAUGAAGCUGGUGUUCAGUAACGCUGAGGAAUACAACCAGCUGGGCAGCAGCGUGCUGCAGUGCAUGAGCCGCACCGAGCAAACGUUCACUGAGCUGCUUCACAAGAUCCUACCCGGGGUCACCUACCUGCGUCGAAAAGCACGAAAACGAAACGCUCCCCAACAGGACGAUGACGAGGACGACGAGGAAGACGAGAAGAGAGGGAGGAAGAUACAGAACGGCAAACAGGAAAGUUCAGCCUCUAAAGGUCGGGAAGAGAGCAGCAGCCGGUCCACAAGACACAGCGGCAGACAGCGCAGGCAGGAGGAGAGUGAAAGCGAAGAUGAGGAUGAAGAGGACAGAGUCACAAGGAGGAGCAAACGGACAGCAGCCUUGUCGAGCCGCAAGGACUACCGGGAACAGGACAGCGACAGUGAGAGAGAGAACAGGAGAACUGGCUUGAGGAAGUCAGGGAGGAGGGCAGGUGAUGAAGCGGAGGCAAGCAGCGAUGACGAAUCAAUCGGUCAGCGACAUUCCAAGAGGCAAAAACGCUCACUAUAAAGUCCAGGGUGCUUUUUGUGUUUUUCUUGUUUGUUGUUAAAAUGGAUUCUUAUCCUUCCUUAAUCUUCUACCUCCCUCAAUUCCAAAAGGCAAAGUGGGCCCACUCUCACAGAAACCUCUCAAACUGCCCCAUGUAGAUUUUUUUUUGUUUUCUUUUCCUGGUUUAUUAGACUUGACGCUUUAUGUUCAUAUUGAUAAAUACGAAAGAAACUGAUUUAUAUUUGUAAGUUGUUUAUUACUGUUGACUUCUUUUUCUCAACCAGGAAAUUUAUGAUCUCUGAUGAGAUGAUCUCUGUGAGCUCUUAAAAGGCAAUUUUCAUUUAAAUAUUGGCCUUAAGCCACUUGCUUCAUAUAUAUAAAUAUAUAUAUAUAUUAUUAAAAAAAAAAGGAUUUGUCAUUGGGGUAACUUGACGUCUGUCCAUGUCUCAUUUUGAUGAUGUCAGGCAGGGCUGCUGAUUAGAGAGAUGCAGAAGUACCAGGCAGGUCGCCUGUGACUGAAUAUUAUAGUGUCCUAGAUGUUUUUUUAAGAAAAUAAAUAAAAUAAUGCACUAGAAUUGGAACUCCAGCUGUGCUUGUGGUGUACCGAUACUACGCACUAUUUUCUUGAGGACAACCAGCACCAAAAGAAUUAUUUGGAAUUCAUUGUUUUUUUUGUUCCAUUUUUCAGAGUACAAGUACAUAUGAAUAAAGCAUUUUCUGGAUCUGAAA